AUGGCUGUAAUCACACUAAAAUUAGGAAAAUUGAUAACCAAAAUUAUACUCGGAUACAUCCAAAGUUAUCCCAGUUACCAAAGCUCGCAGUUCCUAGAAGACCUAAGGGAUGUAAAAGUAAAAUAUGAAGUUACAAAAGAUCCAGUUGACUGGUCAUUUGUUGAAAGAGCCUUACCCCCAACAGUUGUGCCUGAGCCAGUAAAAAAAGACAAAUAUCCCUCUGGAUGGAGACCUCAGGCUGACAAUCUGAAAGAUAGACAUUACUUUAUUGAGAGAACAAAAAACCACAUGAUACCAGUAUAUCUUGAACUGGAGCGAAGAAAUACAAAGAAAACCACAGUUAUUAGGAAAAUCCAAGGAGAUGUGUUCAAACUGGAAAAGGAUUUGGUUGCCUUUUUGCAGAAGGAGUCAUUUUAUCCUAUACGUAGCCAGGUUAAUGAAUUUGCAGGAAUUAUAAAGAUAGGAGGAGACUUUGUGAAUGCAGUAAAAUAUUUUCUAGAGAAAAGACAGUUUUGA